AUGACACGGUCCUUACGCCGCAGCCGUCGGGCACCCAAGACAAAGUCUGGCUAUAACGUGGGCGAUGUUGUUCAGAUCACUCGAAAUGGUGUCGUGCUUGAAGGGCGUCUUGCUCAGUUUUUGAGUGAAGGGUCGUCACCCAACCCGCGUUGGCUUGUUAAAUUCGACGGGCAGCCUCACAAGGACGAAGAAAUGUAUGAACGAUUGUUUGGGAAACUUUUGGCCUCCGUCGAAGACGAGGACGAUCAAGGUGAUUCUGGCUCGUUGCAGUCACAGCAGAAACGGUCGAAACCAUCAUUGCCGACACGAACGCUCGCCGCCAACACCAAAGGAAGCGAAGUAUCCAGUGAGGAAGGGGGAAUUGGUACUGGUGACGAUUCCAGGGAGAUUUCCAAAGCAUUCGCGAAAAACGUUACCCCUUCGGUAGAUGGGUCGAAUGCUGAAUCUGACACAUCGUCAAACGUGGAAACAACCCGAAGUGGGAGAUCAGGUCGAGUUUCGGCACGUGAAGCUCGCAGUAAGCGACGUCAGGCCAAGAUCGAUGUCGAUGUUGAUGGGAAUGUUGUGAAGGAGGCUGUGCCACCGGCUGACGGGAAACGAGGACCCCCAAUUCCUCAGGGAAAUGCCAAAAAGCGUCAACGUGGAGAAACAGACGGGGGUGACGUCGUCAAAGUCAAGCUAUUGACGGGGACGCUGUAUCUUUAUCGAGGACCAUAUCGCCGGGUUGAAUUUGUCCGUCGAGUAUGA